CCAGGGGCGGAGCGGAGCGCGCAUGCGCGGUCGCCUUUGUGUGGGUCGAGCGGCGGCGGUGGCGGCGGCAGUGGCGGUCCCACUGGCAGGCGGGCAAGAGGGGAGUCCGGGCGGCGUCCGGCGUGGGAGCCAGGGGACCACCAUGGUCAAGAAACGGAAAGGCCGCGUUGUGAUCGACUCAGACACGGAGGACAGCGGCAGCGAUGAGAACCUGGAUCAGGAGCUGCUGUCCCUGGCAAAACGGAAACGGAGUGACUCUGAGGAGAAGGAGCCUCCUGUGAGCCAGCCUGCAGCCUCGUCAGACUCGGAGACCUCGGACAGCGAUGAUGAGUGGACAUUUGGGAGCAAUAAAAACAAGAAGAAAGGAAAAGCCAGAAAAAUAGAGAAGAAAGCAGCCAUGAAGAAGCAAGCCAACAAAACUGCCUCCUCAGGCAGUUCAGACAAAGACAGUUCAGCUGAGAGCUCAGCCCCUGAGGAAGGGGAAGUGUCAGAUUCUGACAGCAACAGCUCCUCGUCCAGCUCGGAUUCCGACUCCUCCUCAGAAGAUGAAGAAUUCCACGAUGGCUACGGUGAGGACCUCAUGGGUGACGAGGAGGACAGGGCCCGUCUGGAGCAGAUGACAGAGAAGGAGCGAGAACAGGAGCUGUUCAAUCGCAUAGAGAAGCGGGAGGUAUUGAAGAGAAGGUUUGAAAUCAAGAAAAAACUAAAAACAGCCAAAAAGAAAGAAAAGAAAGAAAAAAAGAAAAAGCAAGAAGAGGAGCAGGAAAAGAAAAAGCUGACACAGAUUCAAGAAUCUCAGGUAACAUCCCACAAUAAGGAACGACGUUCCAAGCGGGAUGAGAAACUAGAUAAGAAAUCCCAAGCCAUGGAGGAACUGAAAGCAGAGCGAGAAAAAAGGAAGAACAGGACAGCUGAGCUCCUCGCCAAAAAACAGCCAUUAAAAACCAGUGAGGUCUACUCUGACGAUGAGGAGGAGGAAGAAGAUGACAAGUCCAGUGAAAAGUCAGACCGCUCGUCCCGAACAUCCUCAUCUGAUGAGGAGGAAGAGAAAGAAGAGAUCCCUCCCAAAUCACAGCCAGUCUCCUUGCCUGAAGAGUUGAAUCGGGUGCGAUUAUCACGGCAUAAGCUAGAGCGCUGGUGUCACAUGCCUUUCUUUGCUAAAACUGUCACAGGAUGUUUUGUACGGAUCGGCAUUGGAAACCACAACAGUAAACCAGUUUACCGGGUCGCUGAGAUCACAGGUGUUGUAGAAACUGCCAAAGUUUACCAGCUGGGUGGCACCAGAACAAACAAAGGACUGCAGCUGCGGCACGGCAGUGACCAACGAGUGUUCCGCCUCGAGUUUGUCUCCAACCAGGAAUUCACUGAGAGUGAGUUCAUGAAGUGGAAGGAAGCGAUGUUUUCUGCUGGCAUGCAGUUGCCCACUCUCGAUGAAAUCAACAAAAAGGAAUUAUCUAUUAAAGAAGCUCUUAAUUACAAAUUUAAUGAUCAGGACAUUGAAGAGAUUGUAAAAGAGAAAGAAAGGUUCAGAAAAGCUCCACCCAACUAUGCGAUGAAGAAAACUCAGCUGCUGAAGGAAAAGGCCAUGGCUGAGGACCUGGGAGAUCAGGACAAAGCCAAGCAAAUCCAAGACCAGCUGAAUGAGCUGGAGGAGCGCGCAGAGGCCCUGGACCGCCAGCGGACCAAGAACAUAUCUGCCAUCAGCUACAUCAACCAGCGGAAUCGCGAGUGGAACAUCGUGGAGUCUGAGAAAGCUCUGGUGGCUGAAAGCCACAACAUGAGGAACCAACAGAUGGACCCCUUUACGCGGCGGCAGUGCAAGCCUACCAUCGUCUCUAACUCCAGGGACCCAGCUGUCCAAGCUGCCAUCCUGGCUCAGCUAAAUGCAAAGUACGGUUCUGGAGUGUUACCAGAUGCCCCCAAGGAGAUGAGCAAGGGUCAAGGGAAGGAUAAAGAUCUGAACUCUAAGUCAGCCAGUGACCUCUCAGAAGACUUGUUCAAAGUGCACGAUUUUGAUGUGAAGAUCGACCUCCAGGUCCCCAGCUCAGAGUCAAAGGCUUUGGCGAUCACCUCCAAGGCUCCGCCUGCCAAGGAUGGGGCUCCAAGGAGAUCUCUGAACUUAGAAGACUACAAAAAGCGACGGGGGCUGAUUUGAGCCCAGCCUGCUGCUUCCAACCCCGCAUGCCCAUCAGUUCCCAGCUUUCCUCUUCCCCUUUGAUCUGCCCUCUUUGGGCUGGAGCAGCAACAGAACUGGGAAGAGACUCCAUGAACUGCCAGCCAUCUGUAAUAUAAACCAUUUGCUGUAUAAACUCCCUGUCUGCACCAUCUCCCACCAACUUCAGGCCCGCCCAGGGUGGAUCUGAGCUCUUUUGAGCUUUUCCAUGUCUUUAGAUUUGUGUUUGCCUUUCUUUUUUUUAACCAGCACAAUUCAUUGGCCACUCUGCACGCAUUCAGUAUUACCAUGGAGCUGGGAUCCUUGCUGAGCCCUCAGUGGCCACAGCAGGGGCGUGGGUCAGUCCCCUCCACGCUGCCCCAGACCCAGCCACUGAGCAUUGGCACUGGCCCUUGCAGAGGGAGCAGGGACUGGGCACCUGCAGCCCUGCUUCCUCUCCUCAUUGCUCUCCUCUUCCUGUCUUUGUGGAAGAGGGGUUUUCAAAACCAAUUUAAUUUCCAAAAAGUGUACAUUUGUGGGGAGGGGGGGUCUAAUUUGAGAGAGAGAGCGCGUGUGUAUAUGUGUAAGUGUGGAUUUUUUUUAUCAUUUUUUAAAAAUGCAGUACUCUUUGUAUCAGUCUGUCAUGAGUCUAUAGCUGUUUCAGAUUUUUUUCAGCUGUACUUUAGCAUCUGAAACUGCAAGAAAGAAACUCAUUAAAUGUGAUUCUUCUUACUAAACAGGCCUGACUGCUGUAGCUGUACCUUCCUCCCCCUCCCCACCCUAGAGCAAAGCCCAGGCUGUGUCACGCUGGUGGGAGGGAGCCCAGGGAAGCCGCAGAGGCGUCCCCAUCGGGGGUCCAGCCUGCAGCUUCUCAGCCCAACACAGAGUGUGUGCCUGUCUCUUCCUGGUGAUUCUGUUUUGGCGAGAAUACCAUUUUGUUUUGUUUUUUAAGAGAAAUUAUCCAACAUGAAUGUGGAGAGCAAACACAAAAAGAUUUAGGUUGCAAAUGUUAGCGGCCUGUGUGUCUGCGUAGCUACAUGGUAAGCGUGUAUAUGGUGUGGCUGGGGGAAGCCAGUAAAGAAGCGUGUGUCGUUAGGGAAUGUUUAAAGAGAGAUAAGCUGACUGCUCGAUAAUCAUUCUCAGGUGUAAAGCUCCAAGUGUAAAUAAAAGUGGCAUUUAACAAAUCUUUUCAGAACAAAGUACAGCUGACUAUAUAUAUCAGGAACUGAACUAAAGAAACAGCAGGAGCUGCUGAUUUCCAGAGGGGAGGACUAGACGCUCUGCUCUGUACUUCUUCACUCUACUUUUGUAUCGAAGGGGGUUGAUGGGAAAUCAUGGAGUUACAUUGUAUUUAAACAUAAAAAUGAACUUGAUAACACUUCUGGGUUUAGUAGAGCCUCGGUGUUGCUUUAAUUUAGUUUACAUUUUUUAUUUUUAAAACGGCAGUGGAUGGUUUUCAAGACGUAUUGUGACUGUAAAGUUGGUAAAUGUGAGUAGCACAGCUGUGCGGUAGCUGUGCUCAGGGUGGCUGGGAGGAGGAGUGGUGAUGGACUCAUUAAAACCAUAUAUACUUGAAGAGUCCAUCGGCCGAAGCUCUUUGUAGACUGUGUAAAUGUGGAAUCACAGACUGUUAAACAUUGCCUGGGCUCCGCAGUCCCAGGGCUGCCGGGACCUCUUCUAUCAUGUCAAACUCGGACUUUUUUUCUACUUGGUUUCAAACGACAUAAAAUCAUAGAACCCAUAUAACUCGCUGGAGUCAUUCUGAUCCACCAUGUAGAUCUGUAUUUAGUAUCAUUUGGAUUUGGAGAAGUGUUGAUUACAUUAUGGCUGUGUAAUAAAAUUUUUAUUAAAACUGCA